AAGCUUCAUCAUGAAAGAACAAAAAUCUCAUUUGUUCUUCUAUCUUGUUAUCUGUGCGAUAUUUUGCACAGUUACCGAUUUUGUGAUCGCAUAUUGUCCGUCGUGCGUUGUGCGGCGUCAACAUUUGACUUGUUAACUCUCUAGAGGCCACAUUUAUUGUCCAAUCUUCAUGAAAUUUGGUCAGAAGAUUGGUCUCAAUGAUAUCUUGGAUGAGUUCGAAAAUGGUAACGUUUGCUUGAAAAACAUGGCUGCCAAGGGGCAGGGCAUUUUUCCUUAUAUGGCUAUAUAUAGCUAUAGUAAAAUCUUGUUAACACUCUAGAGGCCACAUUUAUUGUCUGAUCUUCAUGAAACAUGGUCAGAAGAUUCAUCCCAAUAAUAUCUUGGACGAGUUCGAAAAUGAUGCCGGUUGGUUGAAAAACAUGGCCGCCAGGGGGCGGGGCAUUUUUCCUUAUAUGGCUAUAGUAAAACCUUGUUAACACUCUAGAGGCCACAUUUAUUUUCCAAUCUUCAUGAAACUUGCUCAGAAGAUUUGUCCCACUGAUAUCUUGAAUGAGUUAAAAAAUGGUAACCUUUGCUUGAAAAACAUGGCUGCCAAGCGGCGGGGCAAUGUUCCUUAUAUGGCUAUAUAUGGCUAUAGUAAAAUCUUGUUAACACUCUAGAGGCCACAUUUAUUGUCCAAUCUUCAUGAAACUUGGUCAGAAGUUUCAUCCCAAUAAUAUCUUGGACAAGUUCAAAAAUGAUGCCAGUUGGUUGAAAAACAUGGCCAUCAGGGGGCGGGGCAUUUUUCGUUAUAUGGCUUUAGUAAAACCUUGUUACCACUCUAGAGGCCACAUUUAUUGUCCAAUCUUGAUUAAAUAUGGUCAGAAGAUUUGUCUUAAUGAUAUCUUGGAUGAGUUCGAAAAUGGUUACGUUUGCUUGAAAAACAUGGCCGCCAAGGGGCGGGGCAUUUUUCCUUAUAUGGCUAUAUAAGGCUAUAGUAAAAUCUUGUUAACACUCUAGAGGCCACAUUUAUAGUCAGAUCUUCAUGAAACUCGGUCAGAAGAUUCAUCCCAGUAAUAUCUUGGAUGAGUUAAAAAAUGAUGCCGGUUGGUUGAAAAACAUGGCCACCACGGGGUGGGGCUAUUUUCCUUAAAUGGCUAUAGUAAAACCUUGUUAACACUCUAGAGGUCACAUUGAUUUCCGAUCAUCAUGAAACUUGGUCAGAAGAUUUGUCCCAAUGAUAUCUUGGAUGAGUUCGAAAAUGGUUUUGGUUGCUUUAAAAACAUGGCCACCAGGGCCGGGGCAUUUUUCCUUAUAUGGCUAUAGUAAAACCUUGCUAACACUCUAGAGGCCAAAUUUUUUGUCCAAUCUUCAUGACAUUUGGUCAUAAGAUUGGUCUCAAUGAUAUCUUGGAUGAGUUCGAAAAUAAUUAUGUUUGCUUGAAAAUAAUGGCUUCCAAGGGGCGGGGCAUUUUUCCUUAUAUGGCUUUAUUAAAAUCUUCUUAACACUCUAGAGGCCACAUUUACUGUCCGAUCUUCAUGAAACUUGGUCACAAGAUUCAUCACGAUAAUAUCUUGGAAGAGUUCAAAAAUGAUGCCAGUUGGUUGAAAAACAUGGCUGCCAGGGGGCAGGGCAUUUUUCCUUAUAUGGCUAUAGUAAAACCUUGUUAACACUCUAGAGGCCACAUUUAUUUUCCGAUCUUCGUGAAACUUGGUCAGAAGAUUUGUCCCAAUAAUAUCUUGUUAUCUCAGAUGAGCGACUUUUGGCCUUUCAGGCCCUCUUGUUUAAUUGAUAUUCUGAACAAAUUGGGUUUCUGUACCUUGUAUAAAGAAGUCAUAAAAUUUGAGUCAAGUGCCGCUGUUCAAAAUGGAACUCAGGUUUCAGGAGUGAUGCCAUCAAAUACAUUCAGUUUGCUGUCGACAACGUUGAUCACAAUGUUAGAACUUUGGAUGGACUUGACACAUUUCAUGGUAUGGGGAUCAUUGCCGCCGUUACCCCUGGUGUCAAACAAGAAAUGCCUAUACCACGCAUUAAUGUUUCUAAUGAAGACCUUGUUUCUUCGGGCACAAUCAAUAUGAAGUUUAACAAGGCUCCAUUACAACUCACAAGUCUACUUCUGAAAAGUGUAAAAGUAGAGGACCCAACAGACUGCCAGGAUAUCUUGUUAGAAGUUGUUCGGCAACUCAAGUCCAUAACCCCAGGAUGGUCAGGAUUUAUGCAAGCCGUAGAAGAAGGGUAUUUCCCCGGCAGAUCUUCUAUCAAGUUCCUACCUAUGAUCGACCUAAACUCCGAAUUUUUUCUCAAAUGAUCGUGCACGCGAACGAAUUUUCGUGACUUGAUAAUUUGUCGGUUUAUUUCCAAACUGUCUUUUCAGAUUUUUGAUAUCUCCAGAGCCGAGAUUUCAUCGCAUUGGCGAUCAGGGAUGGUUAAUUUUGCAGACUUCUUAUUUUCAAAUACGUAUAAUCAAACGUCUUCUCCGAAAAAUUCAAGAUUUUAAUAUUCACAGAAAGUUACGAAAAUUCUAGCAACAAAUUAACAUUUCUUGUGUAUUUCGUGAACAGAUGAAAAUCAUGCGAAAAUUAGACUUCAUUUACGUCAAAUCAUUCUUCCUCGGGGGAAAGCGUGGACUCAAAUAUUUGAUUGCUGACUAAAAACUUCGUAUUGCAGAGGUUGCCAAUAUUAUUGCAUACAGCAGCUUACAGCUUCACUUGGGGUCGGCGUGUAUUUGGCUGCCUGAGCGCGGGUCGGCUUGUAUUUGGCUGCCUGAUUGCUGAUUGGCUGAUGCGCUUACCAAGAAGACUUUGAUUGACAGCUGGAAAAAUCAAUAUUGGCCACUCGCUGAUAAAUUCAUUGAAAACAGUAGCUCUUGGGCGGAUUUAACGGUCUGAAUAACCCGAUUUACUGUUGACAUUUGUACGUGUUGUGUAUUAGAAAAUAGCAGAUUAUCGGACGUCCAAGGGACUUCCACCAUUUGCAUAAUGGACGUACGACUGCCGUUAUCGGGCGUAAUUUACGCCCGGACGUCCACUAACGGAAGCGCUGCCUAAACCCAAGUUAUUUGUCCUGUAUUUACUCAAUAUUAUAUUUCGUGUCUGCAUAUGCUAAAAAAUACCAAACUAAGCCGGUUGUCACAUUUGAUCAACCUUAUAUUGGAAAGCAACAUCCAUUUUACAAAGCGAGAAUAAUGUCAGUCCAUUAACAGAUGUUGUACUCAUACUAGGAGGGUUUCACCUUCAAAUGAGUUUUCUCGAUAGUGUAGGCCAUCUUAUGCAAGCAACCAGAUUACAAGAUGCAUUAGAAACUGUUUAUGCAUCAAAAGCGGUAUAUCAUAUGAUGACCGGAAAGGCGGUGACGAGGGCUGUGCGUGGGCAUCUGUUGGUUUAUUCUGCGCUCGUUAUGAUGCGGACAUAUAUGGGAUACCAUCACCGAUAGAGAACAAUCAGACAUCUGUAGAAAAAGUUUCCGAGUCAGUUGAUGUAGCACAAGAAGACCUAGCUGGAUAUCGCUCAGAGGCCAUAGACACUCAAAGUGACCUCAAGGAACUCGAGACAAUAUCAGUUCUGUACGACAAGUCAAUCAACAAAGAAAUUACACCUGCUAGUGUGAAAGAAAACGAGGUUUUUCAAAAUUCCAAAAUGAAGCUAGACUCGAAAAUACUGGAACUAAAGUCAUUACCGACAUCAGCUUUGUGGUUCCAAUGCCUUAAGAUGAUUGAAAUACUCAGGCAAUUCAUUAAAGCAGAGAGAACGGGUAAUUGAGAAUUGCACCUUCAGUCAGUUGAACGUACGCUUCCUUAUCUGGCAGCAUCAGGGCAUAAUUUGUAUGUUAAGUUAGCAUACAUCUACCUUCAACAAAUGAAUGAGCUUCAUGAAACGCACCCAGUAAUUUAUGAAAAGUUCAUAAAUGAUACGACGGAGUGAUCCCUACUGGGCUGGAUUGGCUUCUGAUUUGACAAUCGAGCAGACUCUGAUGAGGAUUCUAAAAUCUAUUGGUGGUAUGACAAGAGGAAAGGGAAUGAAGGAAGUUCAAAGAGCCCAGUUGUUACUUUCAAUGCCCGUAUGUGUAGCAAUAAACUCGUUGAUGCAAGCCUUAACUGAUACGGAAUAUAUUUCAAGUGAGCAACAUAAAGAGUGUUCCAAAACUAGACAAGAACGCGACACAAAGAUCGGAAUACAAUUCUUGGAUGAACGAAAGCCAUUUGCAGCAGUGAAUACCUUAAGGAACAUUGAAACUGGGGUUACGUCAACAGAUGAUGUGAAUGCCCAUCAAGCGCAUGAAAUUGGUAGCGCCAUAAUUAAUGAACUCAAAUGUCAGAAUGUGAUGGAUGUUUCGUUAAAGAAAGGUCGACAAGUGGUGACAUUAAAAACGCAUUCUGUGUUGCAAGCUGGAAACCAAAUUUUACCUGUAAGCCCACAACUUCUAUUCCAACGUCUGUUAGUAGUAGCAACGAGUCAAGCAGACGAUAUGGGUAAUGCCUUCAAUCAUGAAUUGUGCCCAGUUCCUGCAUCAUUAUUUGACAACACUGGAUGCAUGAGAGAAGCCCAAAAGGCCACACUUGCAGAAGCUUUAUGGUGCUUUGGUGACUGUGUUGCUAAUCCUGAAUCGGAUGAGACUAUGGUAUACAUACUUGAUGGAGGAUCCCUUCUUCAUAAAAUACCGUGGCCAAGAGGCUAUACAUUUAAGGGUAUCUGCCAACUAUAUGUGGAUUAUGUACACAAGCGGUAUGGCUUCCCAUCAAUUGUUUUCGAGGGCUACAUGGACGGACCGUCUACAAAGGACUUCACGCAUCAACAUCGGAGUAAAGGUAUUAUGGGGAUGACUAUUCUGUUUACGCAAGGCACUCCUUUCCGUUCAAAGAAGGACUAUUAUUUAGCCAACUCUGUUAACAAACAGAACUUCAUCAAUCUUCUUGUUGCCAGUCUUCAAACCAUUGGAUGUGAGGUAGUACAUGCUGCAGCUGAUGCCGAUGUUACUAUUGUAAAAACAGCUGUCGAAUGGGCUACCAGAAAGGAAGCGACACUGAUUGGUGAAGACACAGACUUAUUGGUGCUCCUGUGCUACCAUGCAGUGCUAGAGGACAAUGACAUAGUCUUCCGGUCAGACAGACACGUUGGUCUAACGUGAAAAGUUAAGGUUUGGAGUGUAAGAAAAACCAAAACUGUUCUGGGUAAACGCAUCUGUAAUUUACUUCCAUCUGUGCAUGCCUUAACAGGGUGUGAUACUACUUCGCGAAUUUUUGGAAUUGGCAAAGGGGCCACGUUGAAAAAAGUGAGAUCAUGUGAAGUGUUACAGAAUGACAUAAGCCACUUCCAGGAAUGCAUACAUCAAGAACAGGUGACGUGCGUAGGUGAGAGAAUUAUAGUAGCACUAUAUGGAGGGUCAAGCGUUGAUAAUUAAAACAGCCUACGCUUACGACUUUUCACGGAAAAGGCCAUCAACAGUCGCAAAACUGUAGAAAUCCAUACCUUACCACCUACAGCUGCUUCCGCAAAGUUUCACUGUCUUCGCGCCCAUCUUCAAAUAGGAGAUUGGAUAGGAGAGUUGAAACAAGAUCCAUGUUGCUGGGGAUGGAAGCUGGAUAAUGGGCUCUUUGUUCCAGUCAGGACAGACAUGCUGCCCGCACCAUCAAAACUCAUGGGAAUCAUCAAAUGAAAGUGCAAAAUGAACUGUGACAGUAAGCGGUGUUCGUGCAGAAAACAUGGACUUGAGUGCUCCAUAGCGUGUAAAGAAUGCAAAGGAUCAAGCUGCUCGAAUAGUUUGCAAAAUGAACUGGACGUAUCUGAUACCGAUGUAUAAAGUGGACAAUGUACUAUAUUUGGUUUACUGUCCGCGGGUUUGGCCAAGGUCAAAUUCUCAAGGUCAAGGUCAUAUCACUAAAUUCCAUUUAUGUUUAUUACAUAUGUAUUACUCUAAACAUGCAAAUGCAGUGUCACAAGUUUGCAUCACGAGGAACAUAC